UGUCGGAUAGUGCAAAAAAAAAAAAAGUUAUACCUCCAGAUUGGUUUUGACACUGGUAUUUUCUGACUCUUUACCUGUCUGAGCCCUCUACCUUUUAAUGCUUGUGGGUGUUUUCUAUUGGUGCAAAGGUGAUAUUGCUUGACACACGGCAAGACUGACAUGCAUGGUAGCCAAUUGCUGAAACGCGCCUGCCCCCUCUUGACGACAUACCUGGAGCUCCAAUCACACCUUAAAACCGGGAAGGGCUGGUUCGUCACUAGUUACCAUAGCCACAAAGUCAUAAUUAUAGCUUUAACCUAAACGCCGCCUGUUUCUUUAUCUUUUUAAAUCAGAUUUUAACCUGCUAAUCUUAUGCCUAACCUUAAAUUAAGAGAACAUAUCUUAACAAAAUCAUGAAUUUUUACCAUAUAGACAUUUUACAUUGUGGCUGGGGUAACUAAUGACAACCGAGGGGCUGUGUUUGUUGACAGAAAGUGUGGCGCGCUAUCGACUGUCAGCCAGCUGAGCCUAGGUGGCUUGUAAGCAAUACACGGAAGACAAAUCAGCCAUUUAUUCAUCAAAGAUUGUCGAUUUGAACUAUGUAUUUUAAGACCGAUCCAGAACAAAGAUGCAAUGGAAGUCGAUACUGGUUGAUCUCGUCGUACUCAGACUGACUUUCAGUUGUCUACUAUGGCUAGCGUUUGGACUGGGACCUAGCUGGGGGUUCAACUUUCCCCUAAAUUUAAAUUUGCACAAAAUACAACUUUUCAAUGAGGAUGAUGGGACAUCCUCAAGUGACAAUUCAUGGUCACAACGAAUACACGGCCAUGGAGACGCACAAAGCAGGACCUCUUGUGCCAAACUUGGUGAAGAAGAUUCACCUAAGAAGAAGUCUUACCUUAGCCUCUUUGAGGGAGACAGGGAUGAGUAUGACAGGAGAUAUAGCUCCUUCCCGGACACACUCAAGUUAAAGAUGAAAGGCAUGGCCAAAGAUAUGUUCUACUUUGGAUAUGACAACUACAUGAAAUAUGCCUUUCCCGAAGAUGAGCUGAAUCCCAUUGACUGUCAAGGGAGAGGACCUGACGUUCUCAACCCGUCAAACAUCAACAUCAAUGAUGUCUUAGGAAACUAUUCAUUGACACUCAUUGACACCCUAGACACACUACUGGUGCUGGGGAAUGUGUCCGAGUUCCAUAGAGCGGUGAAGUUGGUGAUAGACACGGUAUCUUUCGACAAGGACUCCACUGUGCAAGUGUUUGAGGCUAACAUCCGGAUCCUGGGUAGUCUGAUCUCUGCUCACAUCCUCCUGACCGACCCCAAGCAUCCCUUCGGUGACGUGGGCCUGGACGAUUAUGACAAUGAGCUACUACACCUGGCCCACGACCUGGCAGUCCGCCUGCUGCCAGCCUUCGAGAACACCAGCACAGGCAUCCCCCACCCCAGGGUGAACCUGAAGAGUGGUGUCUCUCCAGACAGCAUCAAUGAGACUUGCACAUCUGGGGCUGGCUCCCUGCUGGUGGAGUUUGGCAUUCUGAGCCGUCUGAUUGGAGACUCCACGUUUGAGUGGGUGGCCAGACGGGCUGUCCGAGCCCUGUGGAACCUGAGGAGCAACGAGACAGGCUUGCUAGGGAAUGUGGUGAACAUUCAAACGGGACAGUGGGUUGGCAUACAAAGUGGCCUGGGAGCAGGGAUGGACUCCUUCUAUGAGUACCUGCUUAAGUCUUACAUCCUGUUUGGAGAGAAAGAGGACUACCGGAUGUUCCAAGCUUCUUAUGAGAGCAUCCAGAACCACCUGAGAAUGGGGAGGGAGUCAUGUAAUGAGGGAGAAGGGGACCCUCCACUCUACGUCAAUGUGAACAUGUUCAACGGCCAGAUCAUGAACACCUGGAUGGACUCCCUGCAAGCCUUCUUCCCUGGCCUCCUGGUGUUGAAUGGUGAUGUUGAGGAGGCCAUUUGCAUGCAUGCCUUCUACUACGCCAUCUGGAAGCGCUUCGGGGCCCUGCCGGAGAGGUACAACUGGCAGCUACAGGCGCCUGACGUUCUCGUCUACCCCCUGAGGCCAGAACUGGUGGAGUCCACCUAUCUCCUCUACCAGGCAACCAAAAAUCCUUUCUAUUUGCACAUAGGAAUGGAUAUCCUUGAGAGCCUGGAAAAAAAUGCCAAAGUCAGGUGUGGGUAUGCCACUCUUCACCAUGUGGUGGACAAGUCCAAAGAGGAUCGCAUGGAGAGCUUCUUUCUCAGCGAGACCUGCAAAUACCUUUACCUGCUGUUUGAUGACGACAACCCCUUGCACAAAUCAGAGAACAAGUACAUCUUCACCACAGAGGGCCAUGUGGUGCCUAUUGACACGCGCUUCCGGGAGAAGCAGUGGAAUGACCUGUUCCCCUGUGAGGAGGGAGUGGUGACAGACCAGGAGACCUCCAACGGGUCAUUUUCUAUCAACAAUAGCAAUUGUGACAGGGUCUCUGAGGAGCGGAGGUACUCCCUGCCUUUGAAGAGUGUGUACAUGAGACAGAUCGAUCACAUGGUGGGACUGUUCUGAGGAGAGAUCACUGCUGUGUCUGUGUCCUCAGUUUGUAGACUCACUAACUCAGACACAACUUGUUGUGUGAAGAGGACAGAGGGGAAUAGACACUUAUCUUCUCACCUCACCCUGCUUCUCUACCGCUCUGCUGCUCAGGACCAUGGUGGACAAUACUAUCUAGGACCUUUUUUAAAAUAGCAUUUCAAUUUUUUUUGCAUUAUUGUUUUAGAAUAUGCAUCACUUAGCGUUCAGAAGGGGAGGUUUAUUUUGUAAAGGACAAUCUUUUUUUUUUUUUCAGUAAAAGGUUUGCUGGAAUGCUGUUACACAACAUUUUGAAUGUGACUCAUUGGGUGUUGUUUUGUGUCAUUAUAACUGGGAUGUUUUGGUUGAGGAAUGAAUGAAGCAGUGAUGAGGGCUUUAGUGUUCGAGCAUUGGUUUAGGUGUGUAGCUAGGUGUUCUGAACAUACCGCCGAUCUGUGAACUAUUAUUGGGUUGAGGGAACAGUGCCAUCCAGAUACCUCUUUAAUCUUCACAGCAUCAUUUUAAGUGCAUUACGCAAAAAAAAGAUAUACAGGGUGACUAGUGCCUCACUAGGAUUGUCACAGUUAUGUUUUCAACUGAUAACUCUUCUGAAGCCUCAGCUUCUGAGGCAUCCUGUUAUCUUUUUUUAAUUCAGUAUUAUUCAGCUAUCUGAGGUGGAUGUGUGAUAUAUGCAUUUCUGACUAUCAUGCAAUUGUCUUGCAAUAGGCAGGUGGAUGUAUGUAUGUCAUUUUAUGUGCCAUGACAGUGAGAUUUACAGUCACAUGAACCAUAGUGCCGUAGUCUUUUUGGCUCCUUUUUAAUAUAUACUCGACACGUAUUAAUACAGACUUGACUUGGUACCUUAUUUAUACAGACUUGGUAUUAAUGCAGACGUGACACCUUAUUAAUGCAGACGUGACACCUUAUUGAUGCUGACGUGACACCUUAUUGAUGCUGACGUGACACCUUAUUGAUGCUGACGUGACUUGGUACCUUAUUAAUACAGACUUGACUUAAUAUAAAAGCCAAGAUGGUUGUGAUAAAGUGAAAUAAGUUAAUAACUUCCAUCCUGUGACCGCUCUAGAAGGUGGAAAUCAUUCCUCUUUAGUACAAUAUUAUUGACACUUCCUGUGGGUUUAAACAAAGCCAUAAAGUGUGUCAUGUUUAAGGUUGUGUAAGAGUAUCAUGUCUCUUGAACAAUUAUGAAUUUCUAUUCCUAUUAUUCAUAUUCAAGGAAGGGCUAUUCAUGCAGCUAUACACCGGUUGUGCUGCUUUGUUAGUUCAUGUUCUUGUGAAUUUUGCUGUAUAUCCAAAGAGUUAGUACACAGCAGUACAGUAUGUGUAUGUGGACGACCUUGUGCAAAUGGUCCUCCCUUAGGCCACCUUCCCUUGACUUAAUGGUGCUAACAGACUAUGUCAAGUACCAGUAUGUGGGGAGGAAACUCAGGGAUUCUUUUUUGUGAUUGUCUUCUUGACAUCUUGUUUUGCCUCUGUCUUGUGAAUUCUCAAUUUUUUGUCUUAGGUAAUCUAAUCAGGGCUUAACUUUCUUCUCUCAGGUCAUCUUGAGUUUUAACUUUCUUCUCGCAGGUCAUCUUGAGUUUUAACUUUCUUCUCGCAGGUCAUCUUGAGGUUUAACUUUCUUGUCGCAGGUCAUCUUGAGGUUUAACUUUCUUCUCGCAGGUCAUCUUGAGUUUUAACUUUCUUCUCGCAGGUCAUCUUGAGGUUUAACUAAGUGGGCUUUAGACCUUUACCAAACAGUUCAUACAAUGCUGGAAGAAUGGUUUUCUCAAUGUCAGAAAAAUCUAUAAAAAUAUUGUAAGUGAAAUAAAUGCAAAGUACAGAACGUGACAA